GGGAGGGAUAUAGGACGGGCAUCAAACGGAGGUCUGGCUGCACACUGGUCGGGAUCCCUGUCGGCUCCUCGGUCGCUUCAGACGCAUCAGGUCCAGAAGAGUCACUGAAGGUGAAGGUGAGAAGGAUCAACACACCCGGAGAGCCCAGGCUUGGUGGCUACAUGCUCAGCACUCUUUGAUUUUGAGAAGAACGACUCUACGAAUCAGCAGGAACUAUGGAUUUUGUAAUGAAACAAGCUUUAGGUGGGGCCACCAAAGACAUGGGUAAGAUGCUGGGUGGCGAGGAGGAGAAGGACCCGGAUGCAGCCAAGAAGGAGGAGGAGCGGCAGGAGGCGCUGAGGCAGCAAGAGGAGGAGAGGAAGGCCAAACACGCCCGCAUGGAGGCAGAGAGGGAAAAAGUACGGCAGACCAUCAGGGACAAGUAUGGGCUGAAGAAGAAGGAGGAGAAAGAGGCAGAGGAGAAAGCGGCGUUGGAACAGGCUUGUGAGGGAUCGCUGACACGUCCAAAGAAGGCAAUUCCUCGGGGCUGUGGAGACGAUGAUGAAGAGGACGAGGAAAGCAUCCUUGACACUGUCCUCAAGUUUCUGCCUGGGCCUCUACAGGACAUGUUCAAGAAGUAAAAACAAAUCAAACGAACCCUAAAUUUAGGGUCCAGUCUGGCCUGGGCUGGGCUGUGGGGCAAAGGGAGGCGGGGAUUAUUGUGUUGGGGACCUAGGGUGGACAGGGUUAUGUGAAGUGUUGCAGGGUUUGGGAGACUGGGGUAAUUGGUUUGGGUAUUUGUAGGCAGGCAAGGUUUAAGUGGAGACUUCGGAGAAGUUAGUGGGAGCAAAACAGGUUCGGGAGGGGGGUUCUUGCCAAACUGUUAGAGGCUAUACACUGCCUUUCUAGAAAUAUUUUACUUUGUUCUUUUCUACUCUUUGACGAUUGCAUCAUUCUUCCCCUUUCUAUUUGCCACAGUUGCUAUACAACCUUCCAACUGCCACUUAGCACAAGUCUUACAAUUACUGUGUUCUUGUCCUUUUCCUUUUGUGAUUUUUACACAUAUAAAGAUUGAUUGGUUGGCCAUCACCUGUUUGCAGGGAAUGAUGACCAAUGUAGAGCAGUAUUUGCUUAAAGAAGGGCAGUGGACAGUCUGUUCUCUUGCUUUUGUGAGGAAUUGUAAAUGAGGGUUUCAUUUUCAGUCUAAAACAGUUGUAUAGUUGUUUGUAGGAUACAACAUCGGCCACUUUUGGAAUAAUGUCUUUGGUAUAAAGGUGCAUAGUUCAAACUUCUGGAAAUUUUGAAAGCCUGACAGUUCACAAAAUGACACAAAAUAAACAACACAAAACAUAAUCCAAGGUUAUGUUUGGAGAACGUGACUUUCUGUCAGCUAGUUUGACUGCCAUCGUGCUAGAAAAGCAAAUCUUAAGAUCUUGAACAUGUCAAAAUAGUAUAUACAUUUUCAAUCAGAAGGAUUUUGGAAUAGAUUUUAUUUAGCUCAAGGUUCCAUCCAUGCAAGCAAACAACAAUCCCAAAAAUUAGUCAUAAAACCAUCACAAGUUUAGGUUGCGUGGUCCCCAUUGACAAUCAAGGCAUUGACCACUGGGACAGUGGGGUUAGCCGGUACUGUACGUCAUCAUUUUCUGUCAUUACCAUCUGUGAUUGGUUUAAGUUGGGUUCUACAUCAUGGCUCUUAAUUUAAACUACUCAUAUUUUGUUUCUCCUUGUCAUAUCUGAAUGCAAAUUCCGAAAAUAUCUGUUUUGUUUUUGUUUUAAAUUAAUACUUUUUGUGCAUGUUCAGCCAUUUUAUUUAAAUGCAACUGAAAUUGUGAUUUUACACUCUUCACAUUCCAGCUGGGCUAAAGUUUCCCUCAUCUUUUAAUGUAUAAGUUUAUCUUGAAGCUCAUCAUCAUUGAGACCAAAGAAAUACUGGCGAGACCUUACUAUUUCUUUUGUCGCCACUGUAAAGAAGACGUGCAUGCCGAAUGUGGUUUUUCUGACGGGGCAGCCUGUUCAGUGUGUGCAUGCAUCCCAAAGACCACUGCUAAAACAAAACUCUCCUAUUUCCUCCUGUUUCCCAAAAGUAUUCCAUGGCUAAAUAAAAGUAAACAGUUUAAUUGUAGACUGAGCCUGAGAAAACUGGUUUGUGAGUUGUCACAUCUCACUGCCUGAAGAGUUCACUUAGAGCUGAGUAUAUUCUGCACCCUGCAUCUCUUUAUCCAACAAAAUGUCAUAGUGAUUCGUCGUAUAGCAUUUAAGUAGAUGUACUGUAAAUGGAAACGAUCUCUCUUUAGUGAAGCUAUCUUAAUAUAUGGACAUUUAUCAGUAAAACAAAGCAUGUUGGUUAUUCCUAAAUGAUCUGGUGGCUUUUCAGUGGUUAGUUGUGCGACAAUUAUUCAUACAUUGAUCCAGGAGUUUGUAACUUAAAAUAACAUAACGGAUUGCUAAGACUAACAAUGAAGUUGUCAUAAGCACUAUAAAAGACUUUCCUUUAUUUUCAUUUUCUAGCUCAGAUAGGACUUUUCACUAGAUAAAGCCAUAAUGUUUAGAUUGCAAUAAUUACUGAAAAUGAUAAAAAGAGAAUAUUUCAUUAAAAAGUUAUAUGUCUCAUGUUUGUUUUCUGUAAAAUUGG